CUGUUCCAAUUUUAUGAUAUUUGUUUCAGUCAAGAAAAUAUGUCGACGAACACAGAGGAUCUGGGACGCCUUUUGGCCGUGAUUGGGGAUGAGGACACGUGUGUCGGCUUUCUGCUUGGUGGCAUUGGAGAGGUCGACGAGGAUCGUGAGACCAACUUCAUGGUCGUGGAAAGGGACACCACCCCCAAACAGGUCGAAGAGUGUUUCAAAAAGUUCCUGAGGCGACCGGACAUAGCCAUCAUUCUGAUCAAUCAGGUUUACGCGGAUAUGAUUCGCCCCACUGUCGAUGCUCACAAUCUGGCCGUGCCCACUGUGCUGGAGAUUCCUUCGAAACAGCAUCCCUACGAUUCCUCCAGGGACUCGAUUCUGAAGCGGGCCCAAAGAGUCAUCAGUCCGCCCGAGAGGCACUACUAGCGGCUCAGUUUUCGGCAGUCACUUUUGGGGAGUUGGGGGAGUCUAAUGAAGGAUUUUGCAUACUUUUCAAAUGCAUACCAAAUGCUGGUGCUACAAAGUCGUUGGAACAGUUCUCGAAAACAGAUACACACAAACAUAGAUAUAUUCACACAGAAAUGAUGGGGGAAAAUAAAGCUUAUACCUACAUGGGGCAACUUUUCA